UAUUCACGCGAGAUUUCAAGAAAUACAGGGCGCGAAUUCGAUCAUCUGUGCUUUGCGGUGUUGUGUUGUGUACAAGCAAGAGCUGUCACAACUUGGGUUAAGAGCUCACCAUGGCUAAAAGAAAAAGUUCAACGAUCAGAGACAACCCAAGCAAACGGGUCAGAUCUGCUGGAGUUGAAGAAGAAGAGGAUGAAAAUGUUCUCGACGGUGAAGAAGACGGUCCUCCUCUCAGGAAUCAGUUGCAGUGUGCCAGCAAGGUGGAGAGUGAUGCAGGGAUUGUGGAGAGCAUUACAUUGAAGAACUUUAUGUGCCACUCCCACCUUGGUCCAUUCACCUUCGGGCCAAAUGUCAACUUUAUUGUUGGCAACAAUGGAAGUGGAAAGAGUGCCGUUCUGACAGCUCUCAUAGUUACCCUAGGCGGGAAUGCACAGGCUACAAACAGAGGAUCAUCCCUCAAAGGAUUUGUGAAGGAAGGAGAAGGCUCAGCUGAUGUUUCGAUUACCCUGCGGAACAAAGGAAGGGAUGCAUUCAAACCAGAAGUUUAUGGUUCAUCCAUCAUUGUAGACCUGAGAAUAACUCGUGAAGGCUUGAGAACCUAUAAAAUGAAGAACAAAUCAGGUCAGAUUGUCACAACCAAAAAAGAGGAGCUCCUUUCCAUCCUGGACAAUUUUAAUGUUCAGGUAAACAACCCUGUGUCAGUUCUUACCCAAGAGAUGAGCAAAUACUUCUUACAUUCUAAAGGAGAAGGAGACAAAUAUAAGUUUUUUAUGAAAGCUACGCAACUGGAGCAGAUGAGAGAGGACUUUUUCUACAUCAAAUCAACCAAAAGUGUCACAGAAGAUAAAGUGGGGCAAUAUAGUGAAUGUUUGAAAGACUUGAAGCGAACGUACCUGGAGAAAGAGGACCGCUACAAGAGCCUGGCAUCCCUUGAUGAAAUGCACACUAAACUGGAAGAGUUACAGAAGCAGAUGGCCUGGGCUUUGGUGAUGGAGAUGGAGAAAGAAUUGGAACCAAUGAAAGAAAAACUGCGAGCGGAGAACCAUUCCACAGAGAAAUAUGAUGAGAAGGUGGCAGAAUGGAAAAAUAAGAUUGAGGAGGCUGAGAAAAAGUACAAAGAGAUCCAGGAGCAGUUGGAUAAAAUCACCCAGCAAGUCCAGGAGCUCCAGCCUAAAUGUGCAGAACUGAAAGCAGAAGCUCAACAUUGUAAUACCCUUCUGAAGUCCAGUGAGGUCACUGUCCACAGAUGUAGAGCAAACCUGAGAGUCUUGGAAAAGGACAAGGUUCAACUGUCCUCAAGAAUAAAUGACCUGAAGUUGAGCAUCAGUCAAACAACAGGAGCAGAAAGCCAGGCCAGGACAAUGCGCUCGGAGCAGAUCCAGGCUGACCUGGAAAACUUGAAUCACCAUAUCUCCACUCUGGGCCAGCAGAUCGACCAGUACCAACACGCCUGCAGCCGAGCUAAGGAAGAGCAAGGAAAGAUGAGGAGAGAACAGGACAUGCUCCAGAGGUCCAUUGAGACCAACAGAAGGAACCUUCAGACCAUGGAGAGCAGUCGCUCCAAUCGUCUGCGUCGCUUUGGAGAGCACAUGCCUGAUCUCCUCAACGCCAUCCAGGAUGCUCACAAAAGGGGCCAGUUCAAACAGAAACCCCGAGGACCUCUGGGUUUCCUUAUUAGUCUGAAGGACCCAGAGCUGGCCCUAGCAGUAGAGGUCUGUCUCAAAGGUCAGUUACAGGCCUUCACUUGUGACAACUACGAGGAUGAGAAGGUGCUGCAAGGCAUCAUGUUCAAAGUGUUCCCAAAGGGACGAAGGCCUACCAUCAUUACCAGCCGGUUUCUCCAACAUGUCCAUGAUACAAAGAGGAGAGCUGUGAACCAUCCUCAAUACCCGUCUGUGCUUCAAGCUUUGGAAAUUGAAGACCCAGUUGUUGCGAACUGUCUGAUUGAUCAAAGGGGUAUUGAGAGCAUUCUGCUCAUUAAGAAUCGCACUGAGGCUCGAAGACUGAUGCAGGGCAAAAACCCUCCCCACAACUGUACCUCAGCCUUCUCAAAGGAUGGAGAUCAGAUCUUCACUAACCGCACUUACACAGCAGAUCAGACCAGAGCCAACUAUCUGUCUGGAGACGUGGAGGAGGAGAUCAGGCUCUUACAGAGAGAGAUAGAAAAUCAAACAGCUCAAGCAUCUCGUUUCAAACAACAGAUGAAGAAGUUGGAUGACGAGAUCAAACAGAACGAGGGGUUGUUGAGAAGAACCCACAUAGAGCAGAAGACUACCAAAGAUAAAGCUACUAAGCUCCGGCUGGAAUUGACGGACAUACAGAAUGUAGAAGAGCCACAGUCAGAGGACCUCAAGCCCUUGGAGGAAGAUCUUGAGGAGAUUAUUACAAAGAUCACGUCAAAACGUGCUGAGUACGAGGAAGCAAGGAUUCAGAUGGCUGACCUGAAGGCCUCUUAUGAAAAGGCAGAGCGGGAGUACAAGCAGCAUAAAGAGCAGAUCAACACCAUAGCAGAGGAAGCUGACCCAAUCAAGGAGGAUCUGAGUAAGACUGACCAGGAGGUUUUGAAGUGCAAACAUCACAAGAAACACUACGAUGAGAAACGCAAUGUCCAACUCCGCAACAUCCAAACCCUGAAAGAGAGUUUGAAGAGCAAAGAGCAGGAACUUCAAGAAUCGGUGACAAAGGCCAAAUUGAUUUGUCCAGAGCGUCUAGAAGUCCGUCGAUCAGCCAGGAGUUUGGACACUGAGAUCAGUCGUCUGAAGGUGAAGAUAACCACCCAGCAGGAGCAUCAGGGCGACCGCGAGGAGAUUUUAAGGCAGUACAACGAGGCACUGGAGAACUACACAAACAUGGUGCAGCACGUGAAGAACCUCAACAGCUUCAUCAAAAAGCUCGACAGUGUUAUGAACCAAAGGCAGCAUGUUUACGCUGAGUUCAGGAGGUUCCUCUCGGCCCGUUGUAAAUACUACUUUGACAGCAUGCUGUCUCAGAGAGGCUACACAGGAAGCAUGACAUUUGACCACAAGAAUGAAACCCUGUCCAUCUCUGUUCAACCAGGCCAAGGGAAGCAGGCUGACAUGAGUGACAUGCGCUCUCUGUCAGGAGGCGAGCGUUCCUUCUCCACUGUUUGCUUUGUUCUCUCUCUUUGGGCCAUUACAGAGGCGCCUUUCCGCUGCCUGGAUGAGUUUGAUGUUUACAUGGACAUGGUGAAUCGGAGAAUAUCCAUGGACAUGAUGCUGAAGGUGGCUGCUGGUCAGAGUUACCGACAGUUCAUUUUCCUCACACCGCAGAACAUGAGUUCGCUUCCUGAGAGUGAAAACAUCAACAUCUUGCGUCUCAAAGAUCCAGAUCGUGGUCAGAACAACGCAUCACAGGGGCCAGGGAAGUAAAUGACAACAACUAGUUCUCAUUUCAUUUUAGCACAUGACUAUUUUUCCGGUUGGAGAAACACUUUUAUUUCCAAUACUUUGAUUUGUGGAGUUUUCCAUGAUAAAAUGGUACUUUUUUUGUUCUGUGUUUUUGGACUGAGUUUAACAGACUCAGACGGCAGGAUAGGGCUGUAUAUUGAUCUCUGUCUUUUGACUCUAAAAACUUGAAUUAUUUGAACAUUUUGUAGAAUAUCAACCCCCAACAAAAUCUUAUUUCGAACUGUUAUUUUAUGGGUUACUGUUUAAAGUGGAGAUUUUCUGUUAUUGUCAAUGCCAAAUGGCUUGAAAACUGCCACAUUCAGUGAAUGUCAAUGUUUGCAUAAAGGAUUUGAUCAUUAAAAGAAUUUCAGAUAGAAAUGGCUUUUGCUUGUUUUU